AUGGAUUCAAUUUAUCGAUAUGGGAGCCUGGUUCAAGCGAACGAAAGCCCGAAUCAGCCGCAACCCGAAAAUGCAGACACCUUUGAUUCGAACAGCAAAAAAGAAGAUCCUGAGGCGAACAAUUCAGUUAAAAAAUCAGACGAAUCAUUAAACUUCUUAUUUCAUAUAUCGGAUAUCGACACGAGCGACACAAUCGGUCAGGAGAAAUGGUUGAAACAAUUCAUAAAAAAACGAAUGGGAAUGUUCGAGAAAAUGAGCUCGACGGAAUUUGAAGUGCAAGUGAAGAAGAUUUGCAACUGUUGCUUGAAGCACAUCAAAGACUUGCACGAGCUGCAUUUGAAAAGAAGUGCAGCGAUCGCCAUGAUAAACGACGUUAUUACAAGAGCAGACGUAGCAUACAUUAAAACACACCACGUGGUCCAUUUGGUUUGGUCGGUGAUGAGUUGCAUUCAUCAUUUUCAACUGAGAUUUCGCAGUGGCACCAAAUCUCUCAUUGCCUGGACUAGAAAGAAAAAGGCUGCUGAAUGCAUGAACACUUAUCGUAGAUUGAUCAACGUGCUACCAAAGGCCACGUAUCGCAUAGUCUUGAAUUCGCUCAUAAUUUUCUAUAAGGAGGGCAAGUUGUGGACUAUCGAGUUCCGCUUAACUGAAAUGAUAUGCGAACUCUUGUACCUCUACAGCGAUAUAGAAGAAGCUCUCGAGGACAUUUUAACUACGGCAGAGCAAGCAUCAUUAACGUCCGACGUUGAGCCUCGAAUGCUAAUAAAAGUGCUCUACGAAACGUUGGGAGUGAUAAAAUGGAGCCACAUGUCGGACGCAAUGAUUAAAAGGUUUCUCGUCAUGUUGAGAAAGAGUAUUGCUCCGAAACCAGAACACGUUUUCCGUUACGGACCGAUGAGAAUGGGGCUGAAUAUUUGCCUUAGAAACAUUACGAAAAAUUUAAGCAACACAGAUCUUAUGAGUCUGCUGGUAAUCAUAGUGAAAAAAAUAACUUUUCGCGAAAUGGAAGACGAUGCUUUGUUAGAAUUCGGAAGCAUCGGGGAAUAUGCAGCCCUGCGGUAUCACACUCAACGAUUGAGCGAAUCGAUUCCCGAAGAACUAAUGGAGACAAUAAUGACUAUGAUGUUGUCCGAAAAUCCGUAUCAUCACAUGUUCGGUUACCGGAUUAUCCAGAACAUUACCGAUCGACACUACAACCGGCUAGAGUUCGAAAACCCCAGAAUAUUCUUCAGAGGAGUAAAUUACAAUAUUAGAGUGGCGAAGUACAGUGCAAGGGACCGGCAAUACUACAAAAAACACCGAUUGAACAUUUACCGCAUCUUAAUUGCCGGAUUGAAACAUCAUUACAAUCGAAAAAUCAACCUCGAAAACAUGUACACUUAUCUGGCAAUUACCUGCGUGGAAAUCCCAUGUUCAUAUGUUGCAUCCAGUAUAGUUUCAUUUGCGAUGGCGAUGCAGGAGUUCGUUCUACAAGCCCACUUAACGAACAUGGUGGCCUGCCAUCAUGUUCAUUCCAUUGUUAUGGCAUUGAUGUCUUUGGUCUGCUAUGUGCACAAAGCAGAGGUGUUCUACAACUAUGUUGCUCUAAUAAUGGAAAGAAGAUCUGAAUGGGCACCGCACCUAAACCCGCCAAUCAAAGUCGUCUACAGUUACGCUCAACAUCACAUUUUGUGGAACAAGCCCGAUUUGUUUUUCGAAGAUUGGGAGGCGCGGUACGGGCUUUGGAAGUGUUUUAGAACGGUGUCGAAGAAAACGAACAAAAUUUAUUACACUAAACCAGGAAAAGUGGCCAUUUAAAUCCUACCCUUAACUAUUCUAUGGUAUUUUCAUAUACCUACAACAUUGAGCGGCCCGCCUGCCAGGAGGGACAACUACUGAUCAGCAAAAGAAACAUACAAUUGAUAUAUUUCAGAACUAUUCAAAAUAAAUUAACAAAUAUUACAAAAAACGCAACUUAACUUAAACGUAAAAAUCAAAAUUCUGUUUGAAAACAAAAUUGGAAGUCAAGCUCUCAACAAUGGGUGCUACAUACUGUAAUCUACAAGUCAAAGUAACCAUAGAACAUCCUCAUUGGGCAGGAGCAUUUUGUCUAUAACCACGUUGAAAAGAUUUGGGAGUAGUCAAAGUCAAGUCGAUACAAAAAAAGGAAAAAUAAAUAGUAAGUCAGUAGAUUCAAACGUAACA